UGGAGCUCUAUUAAUUUCUUUCGGAAAAAUAGAUCCUAAUUCGAGAAAACGACAUCGUUUUGCUCAAGUAACGACUAAUUAACGAGCACAGUUAAGACAUUAGAAAUCAAUUACGAAAGAGAAAGAAUAAAAACGAAAGGAACGAAGAAGAAGAACAACACAAACCGUUUCGUUUCGUUCCGUUCAUUUGCUUCAAAAAAUGGAUGAACUAUUCGUAGCAAUACUAUCGAUGCUUCUGGUAGCAGCACUAAUCCCACUCUAUCUAUGGAAACGCCAUCACGAUUCUCAAUCUUCUUCUUCUUCUUCUCACGAUGAACCUCAACAGGCUCCGGUAAGAGAAACUGUGGUACGUGCCACUGCUACUCGCCGCAUGCGUCGGAGACCGGCUGCAUCUGGUGCUAGCACUUCAUCGGCUCCUCCUGCAACGCAACAAGAUUCUGCAGAUGAAAGUGACAAUGAAGCUGCUGGUGAGGAGUAUGAGGCCAAAGCAUCAAAGAAAAAGGAAAUCAAAAGGCAAGAGAGGGAAGCUCGGCGGCAGGCUGAAGAAGCUACUCGAGAAUCAAGGCAAUCAAAACAAGACCGUUAUUCAGAAAUGCGGAGGCUGAAGGAUGAAGAGCGUGAGGCACAGGAGCGUAAGUUGGAAGAGGAAGCCAAAGCACAAAAGGCUAAGGAAGAGGAAGCUGCUGCGUUAGAAUUUGAGAAGUGGAAAGGCGAAUUUUCAGUUGAUGAUGAAGGUACACUCGAAGAGGAGCAGGACAAAACUGAAGACUUGCUUACCAAUUUUGUUGAAUAUAUAAAGAAGCACAAAUGUGUUCCCUUAGAAGAUCUUGCUGCAGAAUUUAAAUUACGUACACAGGAAUGUAUCAAUCGCAUCGCUUCUCUGGAAAGUAUGGGUCGGCUUUCGGGUGUCAUGGAUGAUAGGGGGAAAUUUAUUUACAUCUCACAAGAAGAGAUGAAAGCUGUUGCUGAUUAUAUUAAACGGCAAGGGAGGGUUAGCAUUUCCCACUUAGCUAGUAAAUCAAACCAGUUCAUUGAUUUAGAACCAAAGACUCAUUAUACUGAGGACUUAAGUAACAUUGAGGAGAUAGCUGUGAACUAACAUGGUUUUUGGCUUAUGAGUGAAGAAAAAUCAUGUGAUGUACAUACCAAAAAGAAUGCACUUGAUUAGGAUUUGGUACAUGACUUUGAGCCUGCCUUAGCAUAUUACUCCAAAACUAUACUUGCUGUAUUUUAUGGGAACAUAUAUUAAUAUCCCAAGGCACUAUUUUUGAAAGUUAUUACAUAUCUUUGGCUUCACAACAAUUUUACCACUUUCAGGGUGUGCCCGUACCAUGUAAUUUCUCAAUUAAUUUGAAACUUUAGACGGAUGGAACUAAGAGCAUGUUAAACAACAGACAAAUUUAAACUUCAGUUCUUAA